AUGCCAUUUUUCAGUGCAAGAAUGCUGGCAACCACAGCCUUCACUGUCGUCAUUCUGUGCUUCUUGCCGCAACUGAAUUCCGUGCUUGCGCAAGAUCCUCCCGACUAUCCGCAGUACAACUGCAGUACGUCACCGGCUGUGACGUACACUGCAGUACGCGAGGACUCCCUGUACUAUGUUUCAAUGAAGUUCAACGCCUCUGUUUCACAAAUCCAGCUUGACAACCGCCUGGACAACUAUACGGCAAAAAUCAGGGAAGGGCAGAGGCUGGUAGUUACCUGUCCAGAGAGAAGCAGUGCUUGGAGCCCGCCGUUUGGCAUUCCGGAUAUGUCAGUUAAUUUGUGGAGUGGCAUGGCCUCGGCGCCAACCGUGGUCAAAUGUCCGCCCAAUGAGUACGUCGUAUCUUUCUUCAUCUCCGCCAAUCGGGAGUGGUACAGCUGGACAGGCACGCUCGGUAUUAGGUGCAGCGGUGGCAGGAACUUCUCCUUCAAUGCGCAGCCAGCCAACACAAACGCCACCAUCGACGGCGAGACGUCACAACCUAGCGGUUUGAAGGUGAUCUACCUUACGACGGCUACGAUUUCCAUAGAAAGCGUCCUGGGCGUGGGACUCUACAAGGAAGGAAACACCGAGGUGUUUGAAUGUCCACAGGGAAUGUUGAUUGCGGGUUUUUCAGCUGGGGCUUAUCCGCUGAUGUGGCAAGCGCCCCGGAGAAGUAGCUGGAUUUGUAACCUUCAGUUCCUUUGUACAGGGCUGACGUUCCCUCCGCCGCCGCCACCACCACCAAAGGCCUCCACCCAGCCACCACCGCCCCCACCGUCGCCCCCACCCCCAAGACGAGGGUUCCCACCCCCCCUACCGGCAUUUCCGGACUUCGACUGCGGCAACUCCCGUUCUCUGUCGUACACGGCGGCGGCGACCGACUCCUUCUACGACCUAGCCAACCAGUUCCAGAUCCAGUUGUCUAUAACGCAGAUGAUGUACGACAAUGGCCUUGAUUACCGAACAGGGCUGGCUGACGGACUAGAACUCAUUAUCAACUGCCCAGUUGGAGUUUGGAGCAAACCGUACGGCACGUACAACAGCUCAGAUGUGGCCAUUUACGACGGCAUGGCAGCCGCGUCCGGUGUGUGGCUGUGUCCCCCGGGCGAGUAUGCAGUCAAGUUCUCCGUCAAGUCAAGCUUGGCCUGGAGCGGCUGGGUUGGCACCCUCACCAUGCAGUGCAGCGGGGGGAGGAGUUUCACGGCGGAUGCGCAGCCUGCCACUUCCUCCUUUGCCCCCAUGGAUGGCGCCGCAUGGCAGCCCAAAGGGUUCCAAAUUGCCGCUAUCGAGGUUGGUCCGGUGGACUCUGCCAUUUACAGCGUUUUCGGCGUCGGCGCCUCCGCGACCAAGGGCGGAGCGCAGGAGUGGUUCACCUGUCCGACUGACUCGUUAAUCACCGGUUUCUCCGCCGUUGUCAGUUACGCCCCGCCGCCGGCGGGGUCGCCGCCAUCUUCGAAGCCGCCGCCCCCACCACUUGCGCUGGCCUCACCACCGCCGUCGCCAUCGCUUUCACCGCCGUCGACGAGGCCUUCACCACCACCACCACCACUUGUGGCCGUACCGCCGUCGCCGGCUACCGCCGUACCGCCGCCCCCGACUAGCGCCGUACCGCCGGGAGAAGCACCUGGAUCGAGCCCUGGCACCGUAAUCUCCUGGUCUCCUCGUCCUCCAAGCCGAUUUGCGCCCCGUCCUCCGCCACCCGCAUUCGGCACUUUAUACGCCGAACAGCGGGCAGGCGGCCGCUGCAAAGGAGUUUACUGCCUCCACUCCAAUACGGCAACUGCGUACGGCAUCCUCACGGCCAUCAUCUGUGGUGGCAUCUGUUUCAUAAGCUUGUUGAUUAUAGCGGCCUUAUACAUCAGGAAGAAGAAGAAGGUGGCCAAAUACCUGGCCAGAAGAACGCAGCCGGACGAGCCCAACGCUGAACCUGAGCCACAUGACAUUACAGAUGUUGCAUCUAUUUCCCGCCGGCAGGGCGCCGCUGCGAGCCCCAAGGACAAGCGUCUCAUCACGGCGGCGGCGGCGGCGGCGGCGGCUGCUGACAAGACGAACGACGAGUUUGCGUUGACGAUGGAUCCCGAUAUGGUUCUGGAGGGCUCCGUCUCGUCAAUGGACCGUGCCAGGCACCAACAUGGAGAAGGAGACGCUGGAUAUGCAGCAGCAGCAGCAGCAGCAACACCAGCACGCGGUGGAGACCCAGCAUUUGAAGUCAGCAAGGUCAUCUGGAAGCUCACUAUCGGACCAUCCGCCGCAGCGAGGUCCACCAUUGAAAGAACCACAACGAUCACUUCAGUCAUCUCGAACAAGUGCACCGGUAUCCCAUCGGCAGUCGUCAUCUGGAAUAUCAUCAUCAGCAUCCAAACCAUUGCCGCCAUUAUCAAGAGCGAGUCACUCAAAGCCCGAACCGUCGGUGCCGCCGCUAUCGCCCGCACAAUCGCUUCAAAGGUCGCCGUCAAGGGCAUCACUGCGAAGUGUUCGGUCGCGAUCGUCUCACCCGGGGACGCUCCAGCAGCCGCCGUGGAGACCGGGGGGCAUUGCAAGCGCGAGAACGACAAUGACAAGGGCAUCAGCGUCAAGGAUGUCAUCGGUGUCGAGGAUGUCAUCACGAUCAAUGUCUAG